UCCCCAGCACCGUCGUCGAAUGAGACAAGACGGACUGCUCAGGGAGACGACGACGACGCGAUCGGCAAGGACAAGGGUAGGCUGCGCGGGGUGGGAGCUACGAUAGAUGAGCGUGAAUCAGCGAUGGGCCGAACGACAUGCACGCAUCGUCGACUUUGUCACCAAGGACGAUGUCCGCGCUGCUCGGUCGAGGGCUCUCUCGGCCGCACAGAAGCUGGUUCACAAUGACGACACGGCUGCCUCGGCCUUGGCUGCUAAUCAGGCUUCUCAGAGGAUAAUCGAUGAGAGCUCGAAUGCCGAGCAGCUGAGCAUCGAGGUUGACGAGUCACUCGCGGUGCUAUGGUCUGCACCAAAACAAGGUGUUGAUCCAUGUCAGGCACGUCGCGACGCCAUGCCGUCGCUCGCAGCAAUCUCCUCGACUCACCUUACAGACUCCAGCCGAGACCUGUCGCCUCUGGCAUCGCUUGAGUCGAACAGCCUGGGCACCGUAGAGGUGGUGCGAUGUCGCAUGGAUCGAAAGAUCUACGUGUUGAAGUCGAUGACAAAGGGCGCUGCAAAGAGGUGCUACAAGACGACGUCGCCAAUGACGGAGAGGCGACUACUUGCGGCUGCCCGCGAUGAAAAAGCCAGAGCAGUGGCUCCCAAGCUCGUGGCCUCUUUUCAGAGCCCUGCCAGCCUUCACAUCGUUCUCGAAUACUGUCCGGCAGGCGACCUCUAUAAUUUCCUCGAGAGCGCAGGCCAGGCAGACUUGACAAACGAGGCUCGAAAUCCCAGUGGCGGGCUCCUGGCCGAGCGGUACAUUCGAAGUUAUGCUCGCGACAUGGUGGCCGCUAUCGCAUGGUUGCACGACUGCGGAUUCAUGCAUCGGGAUAUCAAACCCGGCAAUUGGCUCUUUGAUCGGUCAGGCCAUCUGCUUCUCUGCGAUCUGGCUAGUGCAGCACCCUUUUCCACCUUUCGCAACAUCCCAUCGAGUGCCACUCUCGCCGAGCUCGAUGCAGCAGCGGCGCCUGCUGAGCAGAGGAGGAUCCUUUACCGACACUGCACCCUCGUUGGCACGGCAGACUAUAUCGCGCCCGAGGUUUUUUGGGCUGCCGAGAUGCUCGGUGCAAGGGCUAGUAGGCUUAACGAAUCAACUCGACUUGAGGACACGGUCGAGGAUGACGCCGGUGAAGGACGCGAUGAUGAUGACGACGAUGACGAGCCGCCUCCGGAUGGGCCUGGUCCACACGGUCCAGAGUGCGAUUGGUGGAGCGUAGGAGUCGUCAUCUUUGAAAUGACGUACAAGCGGCUGCCUUUUUUCGCAAAGGGUGUUGCCCAGACGUAUGACAUGAUCAAGAAUCACGAGAGACACUUCCAUCUCGAUACCUGGGUUAAGUGCUCGCCCGACCUCAAGGAUCUCCUAUGCAGACUCAUCACGGGUCCGCAACAACGUCUGGGCUUCUUUUCGUCAAGAGAGGUACAGUCGCACCCCUACUUUGCCAACGUCGAUUGGAAUAAGCCUUGGGAGGGUGACGCAGCGCCAUUCAUUCCCAAUGUCGAGUCAUUCAGCGAUGGUUCAGCAUCCAGCCACUUGCAAGAGAUCAGCGUGCUCCACAGCCCUGGUCACAAGACUCCUUACCGUGGUCUGGACCCUGACACGGCCUCAUCGAUCCGAUCGAGACCAGACUUUGCAGCAAUGUGGGCCGGUGACUCGUCUGACUUUCCCGCAUUCCCAAACUCGGUGGACCUAUCGCCCAGAGGAGCAGCCAGCAUGCCACCGACAGCCAACGAUGAAGUGACAGAGGACCAAGGCGACGAUACGACCGUGACAGUCACCUCAUCCUCACCCUCGGCCCGCGCACAUGCUCAUGUAUUGGCCCGUGCUGCUGAUCCAAAAGCGGAUGAGCUGAGCUCAGAGUCGACGUCGUUGUUGGAAGCGCAAUGGUCGAAUUUUGAUCCGCUUUGGAUCGGCUUUUCGUAUGUCCCCGACCGAGAUGCGUUCGCAGCGGCAGACGAUGAGCUGGGCCUUUCGAGUCCAGCACGGCCAUCUCCUUUGUCUUCACCGCUUGGUGAGGGCUUCAAGUCACCAGAUGUGGCAGAACAGUGGACCUGGCAGCCUCAUGCGGCGCCCACGGCGUCGACGCCAUAUCAUAAGGCUACAGAGCCGUAUGCGACGAUCUUGCCGACCCCAUUGCCCAUGCCAGUGUCAACACCCUAUCACGGAACUGUGCCGCGAAGCCUGCACCGUCACGCAAUAGAGACGGCCUCACGAACAAAGGGUGGAACUGACGCAGCAGGGCGACCGUUUGUGACACCGCUGCGCAAGAACUCGCUGCCCAACAUCUCGUCAGCAUCGGCUGCCUUUCAUACCCCCAUGCCCACGUCCGAUCCGACUCGGAGGACACCGGCGUCGCCUUACCCGUUCCCGCUUGCGCCCAGCGUCUCGCGGCCCAGAGCGACGCCCGCCGUAGCCUCGCUAAAACGCAACGAUCUCGAGCGAGCCCGCUCGGCCUCGGCCUCGUACGGUGCCACAAGCGGAGAAGGGUCAGACUCGAGGUGCUCAGGAGGUACGAAUGCCAAGCGAGACAUCUCCGAGAGGGAGGCAUGGAAGGAGAUGGAGGCCGCCGUCUUGCGAAGCGUGAGGAAGCCGAGGCAGGCUGCCGUCACGCAUGCUGCCGCUCCGGUGGCUUCAAGGAGGCCGCCCAUGGUGCAUGCCGCCACGGACACAGUGUUGCAGAAGCAGGAUCUCGUCACUGGAAGCAGCGGUGGCAGCAGCGGCGUGAUCAGCACGAGCUUGGCAGACAGGGCAGAGAGAAAGGAGGCAGGAGCGACAUCGCAGGCCCCGGGCAGGCUGAUGCGAAAAGCCUCUGCCUUUGGCUUUGGAGGCCUAGGAGGCGCCCUGCGAGCAAAGAGACCCCAGCUGCCACGAUUUCUGUCGGACCGCACAUCCAAACAGCAGGAAAAGCAACCCCAGCUUGCUCCGCUCGACACGAGCCUCAGGUCGCCCAUGAGAAAGGGCGACAGGCGCGCAUCAGCGGCUCCGAUUGCCUCACCAGCCAGCAGCACGGCCAGCGACACGACGGCGCUGUCGAGCAGCACCAUCGACUCGAGCCAGGCGUCGCCCUCGUCGUCCCGGCUGCGUUUCUUCCCUCAGCGAUCCAAGUCAUCGACAUCCUCUUCCGGUACCGGUGACGCACCAGCGACGUCGUCAUCAUCCUCAUUGGCAGUACCAGGCAUGCCAAAGCUGCAGAAGAGGCGGAGCGCGAGGCAGCUGCUUCUCAAGGCGCAAGAGCGCGCUACGCCGACGAAGCCGACUCGCGCCUUGAGUCCCCUCAUGUCCGGCCCUAUCUCGCUGGAUUCUCAGGGUGACAGGAGCGCAGAGGCGAGCGGGAGCAGCAGCAACCACCAGCUUCCGCCCGCCAGCGGCUCCACCUCCUCGUUACCUGUCCUCGGCGGGCCGUUGGCGCCACAGCUCGUCGGUCAAGGAAGGAGAAAGAGCGUGACCGAUGCCGGCGGUGCAGCUCCCCAAUCCUCGUCGGACGAUGUGAUCUCCUCUCCCACCGCGCCACGGUCCUCAAAGCAGCUGCCCCGCAUGCCUGCUUCUGCACCCGUCGGCCAGGUCCUUGUGCUGCAGAGGGAGGAGACGACGCGGACGAUGCGACGUCGAGACAGCCGGGAGAUGCUGUCGCGCUAUCGCCAGGGCAUCCCCACCUCCGAUGACGAAGACGAGGGACAGAAGAGCGAAGACACGAGAAAGGGUGCCAACAAGAAGCUGCCAACCCUACGCCACCAGACCUCUUCCUCGACGGUCAGCGUCGGCGGCGUCGGUGGUGUCGGCGUCGGAGGAGGGGGAGGCGCGACAAUCACUCUGAGCAGUCCGAGCUUGCCCACCUUUCCCGACGCAUUUGGUGGCGCUCCCGCGGCGCAGGACGAGAACCAUAUCCCUUCCUCAUCGUCAGUGGGGCUUUCCAGACGGACAUCUGGCUUGCUCAAUACCAACACUGGCAAGCCCAUGCGAAGGUCUUCGAUGAUACCCCUCGUCGCGCGGCCAGCUCCAGAGGCGACACGCGCGAAAGGGCCGUCGCCGCUGCAGCACCCGCACCCUCAAGGCGGUGUCAAGGCUCGGUCGUCGACCGACUUUACGUUCAUGAAGGACAAGCGCGAGGAGACACUUGCGGCCGCAAGGAGGCCGUUUGAGAAGACAAACUCGUAUGACGCAAAGGCGCUCGCAGCAAAGCGAGCAGGCAAUGGGCCCCUUGCGUCGAGGUUUUCGGCGGCAAACGUCCUACCGCCCGAGUCGAUCUCUUCCGCCGCAACGUCACAGCAAGCACGUCGCUGGAAGGAGAAGGCCGCCUCGAGCGAAGACGUAGAGGAGCUCGGAGGCGAGCUGGGCGACGAGUCGGGGGCCAUGGAAGGGCUUGGGAUGCGCCAUCGCGCGCUCCAGACGAGUCUCGACGGCGUAGAGGGUCGACUAAUGCGGCUGAAGCUGAGGUUGAGAGACGAGUGACGCAGCAAGUGCCGGAACGAAGCAGUAGUAAUGAUGACUUAGACUAAUGUAGCGCGCAUACACACACACACACACACACACACACACACACACACACACAUACCGAUGGCGACGCACCCCUCUGCAUACCUGUUCAUGCUCUGCCUUAGCAUACCUAGCAAUGAAUCAACACACA